ACUAUAUGCUUAACUGUUCUUUCUCUUCUCCAGUUUCGGCUCGUAACUGUUAAAUAAGUUCUUUGAUGUUGGACCCUGAGGCUUCAGCAGAUGAAAACUAUGUUACUGUGCCUCGUGGUGGUCCUAUUUACAUUUCUGAUAUGGUUGGUCCACUCACGAAGGUUGCUGACUUUGAGGUCAGCAUCUUCCAUGAACUUGAGCGCCUCAAGGCAGAGUUGUCCUCUGAUUCACUGGAAAUGUUUGAUGAUGAGAUAUCGAUUGAAGAUCUUAAAAUUAUCUGUGAAGAAGAAUUGGUGGCUCAGGCCUUUGAAGAAGCAUUUAAGGAUGACGAAUUAGGGAUCCUCAACAACAAAGGUCCAGAUAAAAGCAAGACCAACAAGAGGAAACGGAAGAAGAAGAAUACUGUUGAUGAACACUAUUUUCUGAAGGUGGAACAACUUGCAAAAGUUAAAGAAAAACAAGAGGAAGAGAAAGCAGCUGCACGAUUGCACUCUUUCAAUGGUAGUUGCAGCAGCAGCCACUCUGCUCCAACAUCAUCCAGUAAGAGUGGUAGGAUGAUAUCACUCAAGUCAGUAAGCUUGGGAACAAAGGUGAGAGCAGUAAAUACUCGUGAACAUAUUGCAGUGCAGUUUCCAGAAGCUAUCCUGUGUGUUGAGAUUUAUCAUUACAAAAAGACAUGGACAAAAACUCAAGAAUUUCUGGUCCUUGGGCGGCAAUUUUUGACGGAAAUGAGAGACAAAAUUUAUUGCAUUACUGAUGAGAUAAUGAAAAAGACAGGCAAAAAUGAUCCUUCGGGCUUCUUCCUUGUGGAGGAUGUCUUUUGCAAUGAUUUCAGGCAUCCUUCUGCUACUGACUAUAGUAAGCCAAUACUUGAUUGGCUUCAAGAUUCUAGAAGUGAGGCGGUGGAAAAAUGGGAAUCUAUCGCCUCUGGUGAACUGCCACAAAAACAAAAGGCACUUUUUGGCAGUAAAAUUGGACCACAAUUGCCCCAUUUCAAGACCAUUCAAAUGCAAAAAACCCGCUUCUGUGACUUACGGUUUCGACUUGGUGCUGGAUAUCUUUACUGUCACCAGGGAGACUGCAAGCAUCUAGUUGUAAUAAGAGACAUGAGGAUGAUACACCCCGAGGACGUACAAAACCGAGCCGCGUAUCCACUGAUAACCUUUCAGCCAAAAUUGAGGUUCCAGAAAUGCUCUGUUUGCAAGAUUUUUAAAGCAGUUAAGGUGACUGUUGAUGAUAAAUGGGCUGCUGAAAAUCCUUGCUACUUCUGUGAACUUUGCUAUUACAUGCUCCAUUAUGUAGAUGGGUCUUUGCUUUAUGAUGAUUUCUCUGUGUAUGAGUAUCUCCAUGAGUAGAAUGUAAUCAGAACAGCAGAAGUUAUAUAGUAAUCCUUUU